AUGUAUCUACGUGUUAUUCUGGACAGUCGAGAUCGUGAUGCGAUGCGUUUUCUGUGGUAUCCGAAUGACGACUUGGGAAAGAAACCUAUUGAUCUGCGAAUGUGUUCGCAUGUUUUUGGCGCGACGUCGAGUCCUUCGAUUGCGUCAUUUGUGUUGAAACGUGUCGCUGAUGACAAUCUAACGAAUGCUGAUCUGGAAACGAUACAGACAGUGCAACGCAGUUUUUUCGUUGAUGAUGGUGUGAAGUCGAAACGUACCGUCGAUGAAACACUUCAAUUGAUAAAUCAGCUGAUCGAAUUACUCGCAUCGGGUGGGUUCCGUCUUACAAAGUUUGCUUGUAAUAAAAUUGAAGUAAUGGAAGCGAUUCCCGAGGCGGAUCGCUCUACCGCAACGAAAGCGCUUGACUUUAGUACAAAGUUGACUGAACGUACGCUGGGAAUUUAUUGGAACAUGGUGCACGAUGUCUUCAAGGUUCGGGUGGAAAUUGAGUUUCGACCCUCAACGCGCCGUGGCAUGCUCAGCAUGCUUGGCCAGGUAUAUGAUCCAUUGGGGUUUAUUCAACCGUUUUUGAUUCCCGCAAAGCGCAUUUUGCAGGAUUUGUGUUUUUUGGGUUACUCGUGGGAUGAUCCUGUCGAGGGAGACUUGUAUGAUGGUUGGGAGAAAUGGAUCAGCACCUUGCCUAGUUUGAGGGAGUUGACUAUACAACGUUGCUACAAACCGGAAGGAUUUGAGGCGGCGAAUGUGCAGCUUCACUGUUUUUGCGACGCAAGUAGAGUGGGCUACGGUGCAGUAGCGUACCUAGGGUUGGAGAACGAAUCCUGCGAGGUUCACUGUGCAUUUGUAAAGGGUACUGCGCGUGUUACCCCCAAGAAGCUAGUGACAAUUCCACGACUAGAAUUGACGGCGGCAGUCGUUGCCACAGAACUUGCUCAUUCUGUUACAAAUGCACUAGACUAUGAGAUACACGAAACUUGUUAUUGGACAGACUCGAUGACUGUGUUGCAGAUGUUGAAUAGUAGAUCACAGCGCUUUAAGACUUUUGUAGCCAAUCGGGUUAAUAUUAUUCAAUCAAUUUCUGAUGUGUCGCAGUGGUCUCAUGUUCCAACAAAUGAAAAUCCAGCAUACAUCGCUUCUCGUGGUCUUAUGCCAGAUAAGUUGGAUAAGGCAAAAUUAUGGUUUCAAGGUCCAAUUUUUUUGUGGCAACAAAGUGUUUCAUGGUCUGGCACUUCAUCAGUGUCAGAUACCAUACCAACUAAUUCCGAUUUACAUUGUGAAAUUAAGGUGAAUCUUGUUGAAGUUCAAAAGAGAUCCCAGUAUUUUCCUGAGUUGGUAAAUCGCUAUUCAACGUGGGAAAAAUUGUCGAGAACAAUUGCAUGGAUGUUGCGUUUUAAGUUUUUUAUUUUGUGGAAAACCUGUCGAUCAAAUGACUCCCCAAUGACUGGAGAUUUAACUGUUACGGAACUUAGUGUAGCAACUAUUCAGAUCUGCAAGUUGGCCCAAAUUGAAUCGUUUUCUCCAGAGCUCGAAUAUUUCAGUGAGCGUGUACAUGACGGACCAGACUACUUGAGCAGUGGCUGUAAGUUGCCUACAUCACCACAUUCUAAGGCUCUCAUUAAACUUAGCCCAUUUUUAGACAAUGAUAUUUUGCGGGUGGGUGGCCGUCUUCGACACUCACAUUUAUCACCGGAGCAGAAGCAUCCAAUAAUAUUACCACCUCAUCAUCAUGUAACAAAAUUGAUAAUAGAGUAUUAUCAUCGGCAAAAUGGUCAUUCUGGUACAUUGCACACUCUUUCCUCUGUGCGGGAAAAAUUUUGGAUUCUUUGUGGACAGGCGGAAGUCCGUAAGGUGCUGAAUGCUUGUAAAUUGUGCAAGUUGAGGGCGAGUAGACCUGGUUCACAGUGGAUGGCUCCUCUGCCAGAGUCGCGUGUUCUGGGUGGUCGCACUCCUUUCUAUCACACUGCUGUAGAUUACUUUGGUCCAUUGAAAGUCAAAUUGGGACGUAAGGAAUACAAGCGGUAUGGAUGCAUAUUCACCUGUUCAGUCACUAGGGCUGUUCAUAUUGAGGUCUCGGAAUCACUUGAUGCAUCUGCAUUUUUGCAGGCCUUUUUUCGAUUUUGUGAUAGGCGUUCAAAACCAUCCCAUGUAAUUUCAGAUAAUGGCACAAACUUUGUGGCUGGUGAGAGACUUCUUGCUGAGGGGAUUUGUAAGUGGAAUCAGAGUCAAAUUGCAAAUUCUCUGUCACAACAUGGAAUUCAGUGGGAUUUUCAACCGCCUUUAGCACCUCACCAAAAUGGCUUGGUUGAGAUAAUGGUCCGGGAGGCAAAAAGAGUUCUUUAUGCGAUUUGUGCGAAAUCACGAACAUUUACUGAUUUUUCGCUCAUCUCCAUGCUGACUGGGGUAGAAAGAAUUUUGAAUGAUCGCCCAUUGACACCUAUUAGUGAUGAUGCAAGGGAUUUGGAGGUUCUGACACCAAAUUCCAUUUUGACUGGAAAUCUUGAUCCCUCUAUUGCUCCCGAUAAGUUUACGCGCGGUGACGAGUUUCGCGAAAAUUGGAGACAUGUCCAGCUCAGUCUUGAUCGAUUCUGGAAUCGCUGGACAAAGGAGUAUUUACCGCUAUUGCAAAAGAGACAGAAAUGGCUCUUUCCUGAGAGAAAUUUGAAAGUAGGUGACAUUGUGCUUCUGUAUGGCGACGAUACUCCGCGCGGCGUUUGGCCCAAGGGUAGAGUGAUUGAGGUAUUUCCCGAUAAGGAUGGGAUGGUUAAGAGGGUUAAGGUUCAUACUAGGAAUUCUGAUCUAGUUCGUGAUGUUAGGAAACUCUGCCUACUUGAAGCUGCUUAAGCUUCUGUCCUUUAUUGCCAAACAUGUUCAGUGGUCCAGGUCAUUUUUUGUAUAUGUUGUUUCAUUUCAUGUUCUCAGUAUGUUAUUUUAUUGCAUGUUUUCAUUGUGUUCGAUUGUUGGAUAAAUCAUCCUCAUUGUUUAAAAUAAUUUUGUGAACAAAAUGAUUGGGGCCGGUGUGUUGAGGAUGAUUGCCGUUUCAUUCCUAAUAAGGCAGUGCAUAUAGUGUUGCCACAUAUUGCUUUUCUUAUGCAAAUAUUCUGAUGUAUUUAGUCACUGCACAUUGGUAUUUGUAUAUUAUUUCAUUUAUUUAGAACUGUUUUAGGUAUAGACUUAGUAUCCACUUUUGAUGACUCGCAUUCAAUUGACAUAAUACUUUCUGAUUGCAAUCUAGUGCCCAUACGUAAUUGGUAUAUGGUGCAUAUUGUGGCAACCUGUUGUUGCGACAGUCUCUUGGUUUAUCAGCACUGGUAAAAGGGCCGCACGUUUUUUGUUGCAGAUUUAAUAAUAACUUAGGGUUGUAUUUUAGUGAACUUAAGGUUGUGUUUUAUGUAGACAUGUGUUGAAAUAGCGAUUAAGUUAUUAGGAUUGUACCUAAAACUGUAUUUAUUUUUGCAUUUAGUUACAUAUGUAUAUCUGAUUAAGUAGGAUUUGGAUGCGUUGCAGUCCAAACUAUUUUUAAAUCACCUGACCUUACACGAGUGGCCACAAUAACACUUUUUGUUGAGUGGUAAAAUAAAACAAGUUCGAUUCGGAACUGUGUCUGGUUUAGUGCAUUGGAAUUUCAGCGGCAGUCAGGUUAAGCGUAUCCAAACCCAGAAGGCAAGCUCCCAUCGUUGACUUAUCAGAAGGAUUCCUGGCACAACAAAUAGGCUACUGGCUGAUUGAAGUCAGGGAGUGUGUGCCUCAGAUAUUCACCAUACCGAUCACCGAUAUUAUUAUUAGGUGGCAUACAUUAAUUCCUUGAAGCCUAGCUUCACUCUAGUUGGUGUUAUUUAUUCAGUUCGUAUCAGCUAGUUUAUUUUGACUUAUUAAAACAGAUUACACCAAGCACGCGAGUUUGUGGCAACCAUUUCAGACCCGAAGACAUAUAUGAGACGCCUUCUAGUCGACGCCGUUUGCACCACAACUCAGUUCCAUCAAAAUUUAGUUGAACAAAGUUAAUUGCAGAGAGACCACUGCCAAAUAGACUGAGAACCACUGAUGAUGCCACUGUACCAAGCAGUCGGACCAGCAGUCUGAGUUUUAAUCACAUUAAUCCUACUCAAGUGGAUCACAACUACUGCAUUGUAGUGAAAACAGCUGAAGAAAAACUUGAGCAAGCUUUAAAAGAAAUUGAGAAUUUAAAAACUCAAGUUUCAAAGCUGUCAAUAUCUAAAUUCGGUAUGAAACGUUUCAAGGCGUCAAGCUCCAUGAUUAAAUAUUAUACUGGCUUUAGUUCCUAUUGUUUAUUGAUUGACUUUUUCCACAUAUUGUUGGAUUGUGCUAACUCAAUUAAUUUGAGUUCGACCAGUUUAGUUUAUCAAAUACAUUCAGGACAUAUUUUAUUUUGCAUAUUGAUUAUUAUGAAUGUUUUAUUGUUGAUUAAUUUAAAUACUGUGUAUAUAAAUCAAUUCAUUCAUUUUACCAUUCCAUGUCGUUUACUUUCCAUUACAUAGGGUUUGCCUCAAAUGGAGAUAGAAGUACUUGCUGCAGUUUAUUUAUCUAUUGAAUAGAGUUUGGCCAAAUAAGAAAUUAUUUCAAAGUAAAACCAGUCAAAGAUGAAGGAAGAAUAGCGACGGUUAUCAAAAAUCCCACUACCGCUUCCUAAUUGGUCCACUUUAGGCCGACGGUGACGCAUUAUCGCCGGUCAGUUGGGCGGCAACUCCACGUUUCAUAGAUUGUCAUGCCGACCAUUUUAGACGUAUUUUUGAUUCUUUUUUCACGGAACACUUCGAAGACGCUCGCGGAACACUAGUGUUCCGUGGAACAUAGUUUGGGAAACGCUGGUCUAGAGCAGCGUUUCCCAACCUUUUUUGGUCGCGGACUUUCUUCUCACCGGCGAAGACCUUCGCGGACUAAAGGUUCGUUUAUUGCAAC